UAUUUUCAUAUCUUCAUUUGUAACAACCUCAAUGUGCCUCAAUCUACUACCUAAGUUCUCCUAUCAGGGUGAUGCAGGAGAGGGGACUGCUGGUCGUACAGUAAUGAUGCCAGGUCCAAGAGGCCCUCCAGGACCAAUGGGAGCUCAGGGAUUAAGGGGAGAGCCAGGACCUAAGGGAGAAGUGGGAGACACAGGGAAAACUGGACCAAUGGUAGGCUUUAUGCAUUCUUCAAAAGGGGAAACAUCUCCAGUGAGGGAGGAAAUGCAUACAUGUAUGUUAGGGCAGGGAGGCUUUAGAACCUCCCUGGUUAGGGGAAAAAUAUAUAUAUGUUGUAAUACGAAUGAUUGUAACAAACCUAGCACUGCCCGUAGCACCCUGAGACACUACUACAUUGUAGAUUGACUGGUGUAGCCCAUAGUAUCUCGGCUUUAACACCACUCUGCCAUGGCUUGGUGAUUAAUGCUGUUUAAUGACACUGGUGCCGCUGCAAUAUUUUCCCUAUAGAGGU